UAUGCAUGUGGGAAGUACGAGGGAGCAGCAUUUGAUGAUGGCAGAACUCCUAGCAUUUGGGACACCUUUUCUCAUUCUGGUCGUACAAUGGGGGCCACCGGAGACAUAGCAUGCGAUGGAUAUCACAAAUAUAAGGUCUCUAACCCUUCAACACACAAACACACACACACACAUAUAUACAUAUAUUAUAUGACAAUGAAGUUUUUUGUCAAACUAAUGGUCGACACGAGCCUUGAGGCGUUCAGAAUCUCUAUAUCGUGGUCAAGACUCAUUCCGUAUGGAAGAGGACCUAUCAACUCAAAGGGGUUACAGUUCUACAAUAAUCUGAUUAACGAACUUAUCAGCAACGGAAUUCAACCACAUGUUACAUUAAGCCAUCUUGAUCUUCCACAAGCACUCGAGGACGAGUACGGUGGAUGGCUUAGUCCAAAGAUUGUGAAGGACUUUUCGGAGUACGCGGAUGUGUGCUUUAAGGAAUUUGGAGACAGGGUUUUGUAUUGGACAACACUGAACGAGGUAAACAUAGCUGCCUUAGGAGGCUACGAUGAAGGAAUAGCGGUACCUGGCCGCUGUUCCGAUCGAACUAGAUGUGCUGAGGGUGACUCCACAACUGGGCCAUACACAGUUGUUCAUAACAUGCUGCUUGCGCAUUCAGCCGUUACUAAACUGUACAGACAAAAGUACAAGAGUACUCAAAAGGGCAAAGUGGGAGUGAACAUAUACACGUUCGGAUUAUUACCGUACACAAACUCAACAGAAGACGUGAUGGCAACUGAAAGAGCUAAAGAAUUUUAUAUAGGCUGGAUAAUGAAUCCCCUGGUGUUUGGAGACUAUCCCGAUGAAUUAAAGAAACGAGCGGAAUCGAGGAUUCCGUCUUUCACGAAAGAGGAGUCGGAGCAAAUAAAGGGUUCGUUUGACUUUAUAGGAAUGAACCAUUACAUUACAGUAUUCAUCAAGGAUGAUCCCACCAUGAUGAGCGAUAUGAAGGAAUUUUACGCUGACCUGGCAGUCGAACUUAUAAUUGAAAGGGGUGGUGCACCUGUAGAUCAGUAUCCUGUGCUGCCUUCGGGUCUAAAGGCAAUGCUGGAGUAUCUAAAACAAGUUUACGGAAAUCCACCUAUUUAUAUCCAAGAAAACGGCCAGAUGACACGGCGCAAUGGGACUCUAAAUGACACUACAAGAGUGGAAUAUCUACAGGCUUACAUCGGCGCUGUACUUGAGGCAGUAAGGUUUCGAUCCGAUGGUGGAGAAUAACUUGGUGGGAAAUUCAUUGGUUGAGAUGAAGGAAAUGCAAAAGUGAAAUAUGAAAGGUCAGUGUAAAUCCGAAAAGGCAAAAAAGUAAAAUCUGCAAAAGAUAAAAGUAAAAUUUCAAUUCAAAAGUUUGUAUAGUCGUUAUGAACACCAUUUCUCAAUCAAGUCAUGUAAAUGUUGUCUGCAAUCUGUGAGACAAAAUAUGUGGUGAAAGAAAAUAAUUCUGAACAAAAAAGAAAAGGAAAAAAAAAGACAUGAUAAUUAAUAUUAUAUGUCACCUAGCGAUUUGUUCUCCAUAUUACGUCUACAGAUAAUUUUAUUUAUGGUCUUGUCUUCCCUAUUUAAAUGUGUUUCAAUCAAUAAAAUAUUUCAUCAUUAAUAUAUCCAUUUGAUCAUUUUACGAGCAAAAUAUUUUCAUAAUGAAUUAUGGUUCGAGUUCUAAUCAAUUUGAUUGGGUUGCGUAUAAUGAGCAAAUACUUGAAGAAGACAACGAAGCAGGUACACUUGCUCAUCUACACUAUGAUUGUACACGGUGGCUCUGUUCUUGGACGCAAAUAUAAACCUCGCGACUGAAAAGGUAAACUCGAACAACUCAUGAAUGAUUAUUUCGUUGACAACCCUGUUUUUCAUGCUGAUGAUUUCAGACGCCAGUUCGGAAUGAAACGUCAUUUACUAUUACGUUUGGUUGAGGAUUGCGAGCACUCGAAUCCAUAUUUUCAAAGAAAACUUGAUAGGCACAAAUUAGGAUUCUCAUCGCUCCAAAAGGUUACAAUUAUGCGAAUGUUGGUUUACGCAUACUCUGAUGCAAUUGACGAAACAUUCCAUAUGGUAGAGACAACUGCAACCGAGACCUUGCGCGAAUUUUGCAAAACAAUUUUGCGGUUGUAUAAAGAUGAGUACGUUCGUGCUCCGACAAACGCAGAUCUAACAAGGCUACUUGACAAAGCGGAAUGACGCGGGUUCCCUGGAAUGAUGGGUUCACUAGACUGUAUCCACUGGAUAUGGAAAAAUUGUCCAACUGCAUGGCAUGGGAGCUUUUGGGGGAGAAAACAUAAACCCACAAUUAUUCUCGAAGCAGUGGCUUCAUCUGACACUUGGAUAUGGCAUGCAUUCUUUGGCGUACCUGGUUCACAAAACGAUAUCACUGUCUUGGGUCGUUCACCCUUGUUCGACAACCUUGUUUAGGGAAUUUCCCCAAGAGUCACUAUUAGGUAAAUGAAAAAGAUCACUGCAUGGCGUACCAUCCUACUGAUGACAUAUACCCGAAAUGGGGUACGUUAAUUCAAUCCAUUAAGCAGCCGAUAACACAUCAAGAACAGUUGUUCUAAAAAAUGCAAGAAAUAUACCGCAAGGAUGUUGAACGAGCUUUUAGAAUUCUUCAAGCCCGAUUUGCCAUAGUGAAGCAGCCUGGAAGAGAGUGGUAUCCGAAAUACCUAAGAAAUAUUAUGAUGACAUGUAUCGUCUCCACAAUGUGAUUGUGGAUGACGAAAGAGAUGAAUACGUUGAUGCUGAGUCAGAUGACGAUGACAACAACCCAGCCACAUAUCAGAGAGCUCGUGCCAACAGUUAUGAUAGAAACGAGGAAUUAGAUUUAAACCCAAGAACAAGCGGAAUAUCUAUAAGUGAUUAUAUAAGACGUCGUCACACAAUCCGAUCGGUUGAAGUAAAUCGUAACAUUCAGCGUGAUUUAAUAGCUCAUGUGUAGGCAAGACACAAUGGAAAUAUGUAAUAAUUUUACUUAAGUUUUUAUUACGAAUUAAGUGUUUGGUUUUAUUAAAAUUAUGUUGUUAUU